UCCCGGCAUCCCCUGCGGGCGCCGUCCGGCGGCGGGAAUGGCGGCGGCGGCUUCGUCGUCGCUGAGCAGCGAUGUGUUUGAGGAGAUCGUGAUGGCCGAGGAGAGGUUUCAUGGUGAGGGCUAUCAGGAGGGCUAUGCUGAAGGCAGACACCUUGGAGUUGUGGAGGGAAGGAGGUAUGGGUCACUCCAUGGUGCCAAGAUGGGGUCUGAGAUUGGCUCCUACCUUGGGUUUGCACUGACGUGGCAAUGUCUGCUCCAGAAACGCACAGAUGAAAAGAACAGCAAAAAGCUAAGGGCUCUGGACUCAUUAAUAGUGAUGAUUCAGAAGUUUCCAUAUGAAGACCCCACUUAUGAUAAGCUGCAAGAAGAUCUGGAAAAAAUCAGAGGGAAAUUUAAACAGGUUUGUUCAAUGCUAAAUAUUCAUUCUGAUUUUAGAGUUGGUUCUGAAAGUUCUUCACUAACAUUUUGAAUGUAAAGAGAUGAAGAUAAGCAUGGAUGACCAAAGAAGAAACAUUAAAAAACCCAAAUAACUGGGAAAGUGUUUACUCUUAAUUUAAACAAAGUCAAAAUAACAAAGAGGUGCUAAAUAUUAAGGGGAAAGGGAAAAGCACAGACCUUGAAAUAGUAUUUCUCAUGUGUCAUUUAAUGUUUUAUUACCUCCAGGGUUUAUUUAGGAUCACUGAAACUCCAGUGUGUAAACCUGUUGAAUAGAAGUAGUUACUUUAAUUCCUCCCUAGCCUUGCAAUGACAGAUUAAUUCCUCAAAAUGAAAACAUGUGUAUUCUCUUUAUUAGUAUUUAUUUACCAAGGGAUAGCUUUUUAUUUUCACUCUUUAUUCUCAUUCCAAAGAACAGAUGCUGCCACCUGAAUGUACUUAACUGUUAUUUUAAGAGAAAUACAAUCAGUUUUUUAAUCUGAAAGAUACAAUGAAUUCUAGAAGAACUUCCCUCAGUUGUAAUAGACUCAGGCAGAGCAGCAUGGCAUGGAGCAGCUCCUUGGGUAGAGAUUUAACUGCUGGGCAGGGUGAACUCUCAGAAAAGGACUCAAUAUGUCCAGAUCCUCCAACAUCACUACUUUGUGCCAUCUAGAGCAUAUAUAUCCAUUAAUUUCAAAAUAAUCUUUUUUAUUUUGUCUGUUUCCCGAGUAUGCCAGUAUCAGAGCCUUUCCUGAAUAGCUGGUGCAUCUUUUUUUUAUUUAUUUUUGUUUAAUUGUCUUAAAUGUGGAAGUGUUGGAACAGCUUUGAUCCACACAGUGAGUGUUGGGGCCAUCUAGUGGAGGAGGUUGUUCAGUGUUAGAGAUUGUAAGAGCAGAAAUAUUAAAA